AACUAUUGGUUGAUCAGUAGGCUAUUCUAGAAGACGUUACCAUACAGACAGACUAGACGUGGAGCUCUCGACCACUCAACGGUGUUAGAAACCAUCAGAAAGGUGUAAUAAAUUAGUUUUAAGGAUUAUUAUAAAGUAGUUGCAACGGUAAACGAACUGAAAAUGGGGAGAAAGAGGACAAGGAAAAUCAUAAUUCUCAGAGGACUCCCCGGAUCAGGGAAGACAAGUCGGGCAAGUAAUAUCUUGGAGAUGUAUGGUUCUGGAGAAGCCUUCAGCACAGACGACUACUUCAGGGUGGACGGGAAGAUGGUUGGGUUCCGCGAUACAUCCCUGAACAAAGCUCAUGUAUGGAACCGCAAAAGAGUUCUUCAAGCCAUCAAAAAUAAAGUCCAUCCGAUCGUAAUUGACAACACCAAUCUGCAGAAAUGGGAGAUGUGGCCUUAUGUCAGAAUGGCGUUUCGCAGAGGCUACUGGAUCGAGUUUCAGGACCUCCCUGUCCUUCCAUUAGAGAUUCUCAACAGAUGGUGUCCUAAGAUCCCCAUGGAGGUGUUAGAGAGGAUGAACGAAGGUUAUGAGCCCGUGAAGAAGAUAUGGGAUGUCAUCUAUGACUAUGAGUCCAAAGUCAAGUGGAUGCCCAGCUCAGAGAGACUGCAGAACCACUGGUGAUCAGGAGACCAAUACAAUGCUUUUGUGUUGUGUGUGUGUGCGUGCGUGUGUGUGUGUGUAUUUGUGAAUUGGUUGGUGCUUCUAUUCUUAUGGGGACCUAAAAAUCCCUGAAUGUCCCCACAAGGAUAGUAACACAAGGAAAAUGACAUUUCCCACACCCCCAUGAGGACAAUGGCUAUGUUAAGCAUAGAGGUUAGGUUAAUGGUUAGAAUUAGGGUAAGGGUAAGGGGUUAGUGGUUAGGCUUAAGGCUAGGGUUAGGUUUAGGGUAAGGGGUUAGUGGUUAGGCUUAAGGCUAGGGUUAGGUU